CAGGGCGGCCGGCCGGGCUCUUCUGGGCAGGUGGUGCCGGCGGGGAGCCGAGCCGAGCCGAGCCGAGCCGAGCGCGGCCCACGGUGCCGGCAUGGUGUUGGUGGAGCCCGCCGGGGCGCCGAGUCUAUCGACUGCGGCGGGAGGGGUCGGUGAUGCCGCCGCCGUGGUACGGCUGUCCCGGCUUCGCUGGGCCGUGCUGCUGCUCUUCAGCAGCUACUCCCUGUGCAACGCCUUCCAGUGGAUCCAGUACGGCAGCGUCAACAACGUCUUCGUGCGCUUCUACGACGUGAGCGCCUUCGCCAUCGACUGGCUUUCCAUGAGCUACAUGCUCAUCUACAUCCCGCUGCUCUUCCCUGUUGCCUGGCUGCUGGACAAGAGGGGCCUGCGCUUCAUCGCCCUGGCUGCCUCGGCCCUCAAUGCUGUGGGUGCCUUGGUGAAGCUGGGCAGCCUGAAGCCGCACCUCUUCCCCGUCACUGUCCUGGGACAGGUCAUCUGCGGCCUGGCCCAGGUCUUCAUCCUGGGCAUGCCCUCACACAUCGCCUCGGUCUGGUUUGGCUCCCACGAGGUCUCCACUGCCUGCUCCAUUGCGGUCUUUGGGAACCAGCUUGGCAUCGCUGUAGGCUUUCUGGUCCCUCCAGUUCUGAUCCCUAAUGUGGAGGAUGUGGAGAAGCUGGCCUACCACAUCAGUGUCAUGUUCUUCAUGACUGCAGGUGUGGCAUCAGCCCUGUUCAUCCUGGUCAUCAUAGUCUUCAAGGAGAAGCCCCCAAACCCUCCAAGCCGAGCUCAGGCCUUGAUCCAGUCAAGACCGACUGUGGAGUAUUCCUACGUGAAAUCAAUCCUCCGCCUGCUCUGCAAUGCCAACUUUUUGCUGCUUAUGGUCACUUAUGGUCUGAAUGUAGGUUGUUUCUACGCCUUGUCCACUCUGCUGAACCGCAUGGUGAUCCAUCACUACCAAGGGGAGGAGGUGAAUGCUGGCAGGAUUGGACUCACAAUUAUACUGUCGGGGAUGGCUGGGGCUCUGAUCUCCGGCAUCUGGUUGGACAAAACCAAAACAUACAAGCAAACAACUCUAGUUGUCUAUAUCAUGUCUCUGGUCGGAAUGAUAGUCUAUACCUUCACUCUGAGCCUGGGCCACCUCUGGGUGGUCUUUGUGACUGCUGGAUUUCUGGGGUUUUUCAUGACAGGAUAUCUUCCCCUGGGCUUUGAGUUUGCUGUGGAGUUGACAUACCCAGAGUCAGAAGGAACGUCAUCAGGGCUCCUUAAUGUCUCAGCACAGAUUUUUGGUAUUGUCUUCACCAUUAGCCAAGGGCAAGUCAUGGAUCGCUUUGGGACAAAGGAAGGAAACCUCUUGCUUUGUUCUGUCCUGUUCCUGGGGACUGUUAUGACAGCAUUCAUUAAGGCUGAUCUCCGAAGACAACAGGCCAAUUUGGAAAAUGAACAGACCAGACUCCAAGGCAACAAUCAGAUCAUGGAUGAUGGGACUGUAGCUUGUAAAUCUAACCCCAUCAGUGCCCCUCCCGCUCACUAG